AUGAAAGACGCUGCGCCCUCACCAGUGUACUAUCUACAUAUCGUGGAAGAAGAAGCAGAAGAAGAAAACCCAGUACCAGAGCCACUGUACUAUUCCAUGGAACCUGAAGAUGAUGAAGAUUACUUGUUCGCGGGAAUAGAGAAAGAAGUAUAUGGAGCCUACAAAUGCGUGGACCGAAAAGUCAAGCCAGUCCCCGGUGUAUUUCCAGAAGGUGCCCGUGUGCAUUGUGCCUUCCCUGAAGACCCGCUUGCAUCACUCCCGCUGCUUACACCGCACCUGCCAGACUUUACACCUGGAAUGCAACUCACACAGGAACAAAUGGAGGAGAUGAACAUAAAACCAGAUGGAUUUCUACGCCCGGAAGAAGAAAAGCUAUUCAAGCAUAUCCUGCGACUCAAUGAAGCAGCUUUGGCUUUUGAAGACACAGAUCGAGGAAUGUUUAGGGAGGAUUAUUUCUCUCCCUACAUCAUUCCAAUAGUGUUGCACAAACUUUGGGAAUUUUCGAAUAUUCCUAUCCCCCCUGGAAUCAAGGAGAAAGUUAUCAAGCUUCUUAAAGAAAAGAUGGCUGCCAGAGUAUAUGAAGCCAGCCAGUCCUUGUAUCGCUCAUGA